AUGGCCAAUGUGUCCCAUCAACAGUCACAGUCACCUCUACUUUCCACACUACCACAAAAUUGUACACUGGUUCAUAGUGAUCAAACUCACGACAUCAAUUUAAACUGCAUUAUACCAACGGAUACGACUUGGAAGUUCGCGUGGGUGCAGCACUGGGCAAAAGGACAUGUAAAGAGUCGUCUUAAUGUUUACGUCCAGUGCGGUAAGAACAGCACAGUCAUCCUACAACAGCCAAUCAAAGCUCACAUGUUACGGAAACUGUACAUCAGUUCGUGUGGUGUCCGACAAAUGUAUCAUUAUGACCUGACAGCAGAUACAGAAAAGAUAGAUUUUACAAUUAAAACCAUGGAGGUUAAAGAUUCCGUGAUUUUUAUCACGUUUAAAGAACUUCUUGCCUUAUAUACAAUUCACACUCACGAUGUCUUAUCAAAGUAUCCUUGCUACUUGCCACCAUCCAUCGAGAGAUACGUAGAGCGGAACGUAACUGUAAAGACAGAGGGAUCGGGAACCAAAACACAGUAUAAAGAAUUGAGAAAAGCCUCUCGAAUUCACAAAUUCAAACUGCAACAAUGUGAAUAUUUAGGACUAACUUACUAUGAGAAAUCAUGUUCACGAAAGAACAUGGUGAAUUUUGUGGACAGAUUUUUAGAUAAAGGUAAAUUCCCAUCUCUUCGAGUUUUGAAUAUUUCAUAUCUACAUUUAAACAAGGUUCCUUUCAAGCUUUUCCGUGAAAUCUGGUCCGAGGAGUUUCCGGCUUUGAGCGUCUUGGACAUUUCUAACAACGAAAUAGCGAAUAUUCCCUUUAGUUUCCCACCUAGCUCGAUGUCCAUUGUUACAGUCAACAUGACAAAUAACAACAUCACCAUUAUCAGUGAAUCUGAUCUCAGCCGUAUGGAGUCUUUUUAUCCCGGGCUAUUGUUACUACAAGACAAUCCCUUAUCUUGUAUAUGUAAACUUAGACCAUUGUUGCAUUUCGUGCGUCAGUCAGUGAGGUCGUUCGUUCAGCACUACAGCUAUAUGAAGAAUAUGAUAUGUGCAUCUCCUUUAGUCGUUCAUGGCCGCGUUCUUGUCGAAGUAACAUACCAAGAACUUUGUCAGGAAGAAUCGGAGUCUGAAAACGUCGCGAAAUUUUCAAGGUACGUGUUUAUAAUCAUAUUGCCGAUAAUGUUCUUGCUAUUCUCUGUCAUAUUGGUGAUUUGUCGGUAUCGAAAAGAGCUGAAAAUAAUCGCCUUUGCCAGGUUGUCUAUCAGAAGACGUAGAGCCAACAAGAAUGAAAUGAACAACAAGGAAUACGACGCCUUUGUAUCGUACAAUAGUCAGGAUGAGGGAAUUGUAAAUAACAUGUGUAAACGCCUUGAAGGAAAACCAUAUCAUUUCAGGCUUUGUCUACACUACAAACACUUCAUCCCAGGAGUCUGUAUAUCCGAAAACAUUAUUGAAAGUGUUGAAAUGAGCAGCCAUACAAUUCUUGUUCUCUCCAAACAUUUUAUUGAAAGUGAAUGGUGCAUUUUAGAAUUUCGUAAAGCGUUCCAACAAAGUUUGGUAGAAAGCAAUAUGCAUUUGAUUGUUGUACUAUUGGAGGAGAUAGAUAACCUUUGUUUACCUACUGACAUGGUGUACUUUCUUCAGACACACUCUUAUCUUAAGGUCAAUGAAUAUCUCUUCUGGGAUAAGCUUGUGUAUGCUCUCUCGGACAACCGUUCCGGCAGUGGCAUCCAUUCGACUGACAGGCCAGGAGAAGACAAGAAAAAUGACCCUCCCGUGAACAAGGGUAACAAGGACAGAUUAGAGGGCGUUACAAUACCUUUGUGUUCAACCUUAUAA